AUGCUAUUCUGUGCAUUAAAACAGCUCCAAUUCGCAAUAGCAAUUUAUUAUCGCCUUUGCAGAGCUCUAAAUUAUGGAGGAAUAGGAGCAGUUAUUGGCCAUGAAAUUACACAUGGUUUCGAUGACCAAGGACGUCAGUUUGACGCUAUCGGUAAUCUUCGCGAGUGGUGGAAUGAGGACGUGAAGAAAAAGUUUCAGAAUCGAGCUCAGUGCAUAAUCAAUCAAUACGGGAACAUUGAAGUUAGCAGAGCUCUACAAAAAGUUAUCACGUUGCUGGCAAAGUAUGUCGUUGAAGGUACCUGGAACUGGUCUCAAAAUCAACGGCAAACUAACGCAAGGAGAAAAUAUUGCCGACAAUGGUGGUGUAAAGCAGGCCUACAGGGUAACACCGCAGAUCUCUCCUGCUACUAUUCAAAUGCAUCUGUUCAGGCUUACAAAGCUUAUCUGCAAAAGCAUGGUGGAGAAGAAGAGAGAAUCAAAGGCUUAGAACAGUAUAACAACGAGCAAAUGUUCUUCUUAGGAUAUGCUAUGAUUUGGUGCGGGCAUAUGACAAAUGACGAGCUAAUUAAUAGAAUUCUUACCGACCCGCAUGCUCCACCAAGUUAUCGGGUCAAUCAAGUAUUAACCAAUCAACCCGAGUUUGCUGCUGCCUUCAAAUGUAAAGAGGGCAGUGCCAUGAACCCCACUCAACGCUGCGCUGUUUGGUAA